AUGACCAUAACUAACUCUGUGAAUCUUCUGGACUACAAAUUUAUACUUUUUUGCCCCAUUUUCAAGUCCAUUGUGGACAAAGAUUUUGUCCUGGAACUCAACAAUAACCUCAGCAUCUGUGGGACCCUCCACUCUGUGUAGCAGUAUCUCAAUAAAACUGACAUCAGUGUCACUGACCCUGAGAAACAUUGUCACAUGUUACCAGUGAAGAGCUGUUUCAUCCUAGGCUCAGGAGUCUGCUCCCCGUACACAUCAGUAGGCAAGGUAGACACAUGGUUGUUACAUGAUGCAACAAUCAAGAAAGGAAGUCCUGAAGUACAGUGUUGCCCCCUUUCCCAUUGGCGACAAAUAGCUUUGUGA